AUGUAUCAAGUUUUGUGGUCUUCACUGUUUCUUUUCUCCUUCUGUACAGCAACUGAGUUGCGAACUCCAGACAAUGUAUUUGCCCGUGGAGAGCUCGACUAUAGAAAUCUGGUGCUGGAUUCCAAUUCUGGAUCAUUGUAUGUUGGAGCCCGUAGUAGAAUAUACAGAUUAUGGGCCUACAACAUAAAUGAUACAUCUAAAAAUCUGUUUGCCGAGAAACAUAUCGCGUUACCGGAAUCAGAACUAUCGGAAUGUCGAUCUGUGGGAAACUCAGAUGCUGACUGUCAACCAUCAACACGAUUUAUGACUCUUCAGGAUCAAAAGGAAACCUUAUAUAUUUGCUCAUCGGUUGCUAUGAAGCCGGAAAUACGUGUAUUAGAUGCUUCAACUUUGAAAGACAGACAAGAUCCCAGAACAGAAAUUGGAAUCUGCUCGUCUGACCCCAUGGUCAAUUCUACAGCCGUUUUAGUAGAAUGGGGAAAUCCAGGAGAAAUCCCAUCCAUAUACUCAGGUAUCCGUACUGGAAUGGCUGGCGAGAACCAUUUGAUUUACCGACCAUCUCUGAUCAGCAAGGGGAAAGAAGCUCAUUCGAGUAUGCGAACCGUCUACACAGACAGCAAGUGGUUAAAUGAGCCACAAUUUGUGGGGUCAUUUGACAUUGGAGAGUAUGUAUACUUCUUUUUCCGGGAGAUAUCUGUAGAGUCAGGAUUGAACGAUAGAAUUAUUCGAAGUAGAGUAGCUAGAGUUUGCAAGAAAGAUACUGGAGGAAGAGCUGUCUUACGCCAAGUAUGGACAUCUUUCGUUAAGGCAAGACUGAAUUGUUCAAUUUCCGCCCAAUAUCCGUAUUAUUUCGACCAUAUUCAAUCCAUCACACGUGUUGAAUCCGUGGAUGACACAUUAUUCUACGCAGGAAUGAGUACGUCUGAUACAGCUUUCCAAACGUCUGCUAUUUGUGUAUACUCGCUGAAAUCUAUUAAUCAACUUUUCCACAAUGGAGCUUUCAUGGAAAGUUCAGGAGCAAACUGGUUGCCACUUCCACCAGAUGCUGUCCCAGCUCAUAGACCAGGAACCUGUGUAAGCAGUUCUCAAGAGCUUUCUGAUUCUGAUUUGCACUUUGCUAAAUCACAUCUACUAAUGGCUGAGCCAAUUUCUGGAGAUGUUCCCAUCAUCCCAACCAGAGAUGUUGUCUUUUCCACUAUUUUGGUUGAUGUGCGAACAGAGCAAAACGUUAUUUUUGCUUUUGAUGGAAGAAAAGAAAAAAUGUGGAAGAUAUCACACUGGAAGGAGGGCAAUCAGUGGAAGUCGAGCCUUGUUGAGCAUCGUGAUAUCGUUGCAGGUGGACAAAUUAAUGCGGCUGCUUUAUUACCUGGAGAAUUCUUUUUUACUGCUACCAGCCAUGCAGUUUCUCAAUUCACAUUGUCAUCUUGCUCACUUCAUAAAUCAUGUGCAUUAUGUGCUGUUGAUCCAUACUGUAGUUGGAACACCGCUAGAGAUUCUUGUCAUCCCAGAGAGAAGGUUCACUCUAAAAACGCUGGAUGGAUAUCAUCAUGGGCUGGUCGGGGAACAUCAGACUGCAUGAUUGUUACUCAAGCUGUUCGUCUUACCCAUUACCCUUCAGAUAGCAUUCAUAUGAAAGGUCAUCUUAACUGUCAGUGGAACAAAGAUGAUUCAAUUGUUCAAAAAUCGGAGAGAACUAUUAUGACUGAUGAAGGAGGUCUCAUUCUAUUAGAUGCUAGUGGAGAUGAUUCCGGAAACUAUGAGUGCAGAUUAGAUAACAAGAGCAUUCUGAAAUAUAGGCUCAAAAUAGAAACAGAAGAAUGUGCUUUACCAAGAACCGUGGAAGCAUAUAAAUCAUGCUGGCUAAAUCAUUGUAAAAGACGCAACGAGCACGACUUUGCGCAAAGGAUUUGGAUGGAUCAAAAAAACAAAGUGACUCAAUGCCACAUCAAUGAGUCAGACAACGCCAAUCGUGUUGAUUAA